AUGCUGGCCUCCAGUGGCGGCGCCGAGGAGGCUGUGCAGGACCCACUGUCCCGUGCUCUGGAUCAGCAGGUUCCAGAAGCACCCGAGGCGGUCACAGACCCUUUAGCCAGGAAGGCCCGCGCCCCCACAGGCCCCAUCACCCUCGACUUUGGCUCCUCCACUCUCAGCAAGGACAGCCAGGACUCAGAUGAGCCUGAGGUGGACGAUGCUGGGCUCCAGACCUAUGCCAGUUAUGGCCAGCUUGUGGGCCCCCCCUCCUAUGAGGAGAGUGUGCUGUAUGACAGCGUGGUCAAUGCCAGCAAUGGGCCAGGUGGCUCAGCAUCUGAUGCUACGGUGGCAGCCAAACCAGCGCUCAACGUGUCAGUGACAGACCCUCAGAGGAGGGAACAGUCUGGAGUGUUUGGCAUGCAGAGUGGCUACAUGCAAUACAAGGUAGUAACAAAAAGCACACUGAGCAGCUACAAGUCGCCCGAGUGUGUUGUGCGCCGGAGGUUUCGUGAGUUUGUGGCACUCGAUCAGCUGCUCAAGGCCAAGUUCAGAGGCUACUUCAUACCCCCCCGGCCAGAAAAGAAUGCUGUUGAGGGGCAGCGAAUGAAGGAUGGCUUCAUAGAAGAGCGAAGGAGUUCUCUGGAGAAGUACCUCUGCAGGUUGGCUGCCCAUCCUGAGAUAGGCCCAAGUGAGGAGAUGCGGCUCUUCCUGGAGACUGAAGCCGAGCUCGCCUCUGACAUCAACUGGCUGAUGCUGCAACCGCCCCAACAGAGCUUCCUGGAGGGUGCUGCCCGACUGCCCAAGCAGCUCUUUGGGAAGGAGGGUGUGCCGCAACCUGCAGAAGUUCUGCAGCCUGCAAAAAAAUCUGCAGAUAUUAUGCGAAUGAUGAGAGAGGGCAUGCAGGGAUUUAAGAAUGAACUGUAUGCACUAGUGGACAUGCCAGAGGAUGAGAAGGAACUGCGGUGCCAGACAAAGCUGCUGGAGAUGAUGUGGGACCAGCUGUCAGACACUUCGCGAGUGGCAGAAAAACUUGUCAAGAAAUUUGAGCGGAUGGGAGCCGUAUAUGGAGACCUUGGCCUGUCCUUCAUCAAGUUGUCAAAGUAUGAAGAGAUUGAAGGCAGCGAGCGUGCAAGGUUCACCGACACAGUCUCAUGCGCGCGGGCCCUGAGCUGUGACACCAAGCAGUGCGGGAUCGCCCUUGUCAGGCUCGCCCGCCUCGCCCGCAAAGUGACCAACAAGAUGGCGCAGGACCUUGGGGAGCUUCACGACUACAUGUACUUUAUGCCGUCUGUCCAGAGGGCACUUGCCACACGGGAACAAGCGAUGCUGACGCUGCAGACCCUCCAGUCGCAGCAGGUUGCCAAGGAAAAGGCUGUCGAAGAUAUGGAGGGAGGCGGCGAAAGGCCAGUGACUGGUGACCGUGGCAAGCUCCGCCGUAUGGAAACCAUGAAGUCUGAGAUCGCGGGUCUGGAGAGCAGUGUGAUGGCAGCCAAGGCUGAGUACGAAAAGAUCAAGGCUGUCAAUUUUCAGGAGGUGGAGCGCUUUAAGGCACAGAAGGCUGCUGACUUCACAGAGAUGCUGUGCAGCCUGGCAUGUGUGCAGGCAGCAUAUGCAGAGCGCAGUGCGGAGGUGUGGGCGAGUGUGGCGCGGGAACUGGGGGCAACAGAGCAGCAAGUGGCAGAGAGCAGGGCAGGGAUGCCUAACAGGGGGAUCAGGUGUGAGACUGGGCUGAUGGGCCGGUAG